AUGGAUCGCGACAGAAGUUCACUGCUCGAGCGGUCGAGUCAGCUUAUUGUGGACAAGAAUGGGAGGAAACCACUUUUUGGAAGUAACCCACCGAGGGGAAACGACAGGAAUAAGGAAAACGAAGCGCAGAACAAUUCGAGGCUUGGCUCUAGUAUACGAAGCAAUGGAUUCGCGCGAUCGAUGGCAUCCGAUUAUGAUAGGAGGGGAAGUAAUGGCAGCAUUGGGUCACGCGACAGCAAGCUACCUACACCGAAAUUCUCUGCGUCUGCCCGGAAGCGACUCUCCAUGUCCGAUGCGUUUGCUCUAGCUGCCAGAGAGAUCGAGGACGAUAGCGACGGAACCCAAGCUGUCGAUGCGUCGCCAAGCCCGGCGCCGCGAGCCUGGCGUGAACGAAAUCAAGGAGACGAGAGUCAGGUGCGGCAGCUGUUCAACCAUAACCAAUCUCAUCUCGAUACAAAAGCGCCGAGCCGACCUUUUUCGCGAGGGUCGCUCGCAGCGUCAAGAAUACCCGAGAUAAAGAAAUCCCCCGACAAGACAGCAUCACCACGAGAGCGUAGCUUUUACGGAAAGUCAAGGGCAGGACUGUCGUUUGGGAAUAAGAAACCUACGCCAGAGCCCAAUGCUCUCACCAAUGGGGUGCAGGCUGAGAACCGACCAGGAAGUGCAGCUGGGAUAGCUCGACCAGAAAGCGCAAGUGGAAUACCACGGCCGGGUUCAAAUUGGGGCGGAUUGAGACAAAUGCCCUCGAAAGACGACUUGACAAAACAAGGACGAAUUCCAGAACUCGUCCCUGGUAUAGAGGACCUAUUGCCAUCAAUUGAGGGCGCUGAUGGUCAAAACGAACCAGCCAAUACGGAACCAGCUGAGCCAGCCAAGGCGUCCCCUGAAAAGAGUUUCGCAUGGGAGGUGGAUGAUGACUUUACGGCCGGAGAACUACAAAUAUCGGAUAGUCCAAGAAUUCGGAUGGGUGCGCGUCCCUUCGCAAAUCGAAUUCAUUUUGACGAGGGCAGUGAGGUUGAUAUCAACUCGCGGACGAGAGUGGCAACUCCUGGAGCGCGCAACACUAAACUCGAUGAAAUAUGGUCACGAGAGGUCAAGACAGGAAGCGAUCUUCCUGUCGAUUCAUCGCGAUCUCACAAUACAAAGAUUGACGAGAUUCGAGCGCGAGAGGAGCAGGUCGAACAUCAAAUACCUAUCCCUGAUCGCAAUGCGCCGAGACCGAGAAAUACUAAGUUAGACGCCAUCCGACAACGGGAAGUUAACGGUCUCCCAAGAAGAUCAAUGGCUUCAAUUAGGUUGGACGAGAUUCGCGAGCAAAAUGCAAUGAGUCGCUCACGUUCGCCAGAAGAGAAUCGACCACAAACGAGCCGAGGAAUGGUCCCAGAGACGAAGUCUAAUGCCGAAAUCGAAACCCAGGAGCCGCCGACUCGGCCGAAAUCUGCUUUUGAGACGGUUGGUGAGCGGAUACCCGAUACACCUGUGACGAUAUACAAGUCACAGCGAGAAAAUGCAGAAGCGCGACCAAAAGAGAACGGGGAUUCGAAGAACGACGAAGAUCGUGCGCGACCUGACUUGUCGCACAGGCGUACUGACUCCCGAGACCUGUUGCGACGCCUGGCCAGAGCUGCCAGUUCCAGCCCUGCGCCAGAAAAUGAGCCGCGGCAGGUGCCCGACACUGACAAACCCGUGCCAUUGCCCCUGGAUACCAAAACAGACACUGCAUCAACAAUUCCCCAACCUUCAACCGGCAAUGGCUUUCGAAAUCGUCAACAUCGCUCAAACGACUCUGAUUCAAAACCUACUGUUGGAUUUGUCGGUCUGCCUCGAAGUCGUUCUACCUCUGCUAAAAGCAAGAAAUCCAUGAAUUCUGAGGCCGAUCCUACAGCCCGCCUCGAAGCGGAAGCCAAUUUAUUUGCGCCUGGCGAUAAUCAGUCUGAGAAAGGGUCUGUAAAGGCACCUUCGGAUGUCGAAUCUGAAGAUGAGAAGGAUGUGGAGGCAACACCUCGACCUCCGAAGCCGGAUCCCCUUACUAUGCCCACGCCUAAGAUCACGGGCGCAUACGUGGAAACGCCUGCGACGGUAAAGGUCGAGAAAUUUGAUUUAAAGGACAAACAAAAGCCAAAAAGGGAAGAAAGACCGCUGCGACCAAGGUCUGCAUCGUUCCGUGACAGGAGGACGGAGCGUUCAACGGAUAGUAGCGAUAGGGACACAGCAUCAGAUCCUGGGACAGACGACAAACCAACCACCAAGACUUCGUCAAGUGGGCCGAGGAGACGGCGCACUCGUUCUCUUUCACGUCGCAAAGGUACACUUAAAAACUCGGCAAGGCUUCCGACAGUGAAAGACGAUCUAAAAGAACUUCAACGUACACAUCACAUCGAGGAUUCCACUUUAGACGAUCUUGAAGAGGUUAUACUCGGUCGCAAAGCCCCAUCUCGAGAGGUCGAGGCUCUUCUCGAUAAGCUGCCGCAAGACUCAUCCUUUGACGACGACUUCAGUUUGGAACUUGACACCAAACUCAACACACGCACCAACCAGAUCGAUCUUCAGACCAACGAUAACUCCGAUCUGGAUCGACUCACGCGCAUGAACAAUACCCUCAAAAGUAGCCUCUACGGCAUUCACACUGCUGCAAGGGGCAUUGAACGUCUCUCUGAUCAAGUCAGCACAAAGAACAAGGCCGCCGACAAAGCAGCAGAGAACAAAUCUGUCGAGGACAAAUCAACGGCGUUGAAGAUACCGAAGGAAGAGCCGGUUGAGAAGAAUCUCCUCGAGACUAUCAAGCCCGAGCCGGUCCCUGAAAAAAUGGCUACCCUCCUCGAUAAGCACAGCACAGGCCCCGCCUACAUCUCGCACCCCGAUACCAGAACAGUGUCUUACGUCCAAUUUCCUGUUCCACAACUUUACCAUCGCAAACCAUUCUUCCGCUUCACCCUUCUCGGUCUUAUCCUUUUCCUCUUGGGUUCUUGGUAUGCUCUUGAGUCUGCCAUGUGCACCCAGUUCUGUCGUCCUACCCGCUGCAGUGGUACUCCCUGCGUCUGGUCCAUCAACGAUCCUACCUUUGGCAACGCUAUACCCGUGAAGCUGGACCAAUGGACCACUGGUGGCCGUGGUCGUAUCCUAGCCGGACAAGUUCAGGAGGAAGUCAGUGAUUGGUUCGCAGACAUAAAGGAUGUGUUUUACGAUCGCGACAUCACCGACAUCGACGUCAGCCGACUCUCGUUUGAACAAAAGCGACAGCAUCGUCGACGACUCCGCAAGAAAGGUCUUGUGAAACCUCGAGUUCAGACUGCAGAGCAACGAGCCAAAUGGGAUGCGUGGCGACAAGCACGACGGGAACAAGAGCGAAAGCAGGAAGCAAGGGAAAUGGGCUAUGAAAUGACAGACGAUCUGGAUGAAACUGUUGGAGGAGACCAGAGGGUCUGGUAA